AUCUCGAUUGAUGAUUGGAUUAAUACCAUAACAAUAAGUCUUUGCCUUAAUAUGGGCAAAAUAACACAGCAAACCCAACUCCAAGAAACUACAUGAUCGAACAAGACAAAAUGGCAACACACAUCAACAAGCACGGUCGUAUUUUCACGCCAGUAACAGCUAUAACCAAGAGCCUUCGAAACAAAUUGGACAUGACUCACAAGAAAAUAUCCCAAGCGCCAUUAGAACAAUUGAACAGUAUUUGGAAGGUGGACGAGUAUUUAGAUGUCACACAAGGUAUCUGUCCAACAAAACUACACUUCUUCGAUGAAUCAUCGGUGAUCAAAACUACCUCAAACCGUUUAUAUGGUAACAGUUACAAGGGCUCAAAGGCAAUAGAAGUGCAGAGGUAUGCUUCAAACGCAUCUUAUACUGUCAACCUCUUACACAGUAUUUUUGGUGUGGAUUACUUUAAUGUUAUUCCAGGUGCCUCUAACAGUGAACAGUUAAUAACAUUUUUUGAUUUUGCACUUGACAGUCAAAGAGACAAUGGCUUACCUGUUUUUAUAGAAGGAGAUGUUAGCAUGGUCAAAUGUCGAAUAACGAAUUUACCACAGGGUACCCACAACUUUUAA